GUCUCCUUAGUUUUAUUUUAUCUUAUUCUCUCUAGUUAUUCCUGAGGGUACAGGAAGGCGUUUGAAGAGUAUGCGCAAUUCAUUCACCAAAACUUUCCAAUGGUCCGCAUAGAAGGCGACAAUUAUCCCCCACCCCGUCCCCGUCAGAUGUUAGCCAGUGUUCUCAGUAUUGCUAAAUUAGCAGUCAUGGCAAUUGUUCUUCUUGGUGAGCGGUUACAGAUAUGGGAAAGUCUGAAUAUUGACCCACCUCAAGCUUAUAUUUGGGCCACACAGAAUAAGAUGUAUGCCUGCAUCCUAAUAUUUUUUGUCACAAAUAUGAUUGAAGGGCAGUUAAUAUCCACUGGUGCUUUUGAAGUUUCACUAAAUGAUAUGCCGAUUUGGUCCAAACUCGAGUCUGGUCGCCUUCCUAACCCCAAUGAGCUUCAUCAGAUCAUAGAGAAUCAGCUCAAGUUUAGUCCUUCACAUUAAACCUUUGGCUUUCAAGAUGAGGACUCCCUAGUUAUGACGUUUGGAGCAAAAAGUGGUCAUGCCACUGGCACCAAACUGACACCCUUUGGGAAAAAUCAUUUUUUUGGAGGUCAAUGUUUGAUGACAAGGAAUAAUGAUAUACACUGUAUAGUAUUUAAUUGACACAACACUGAGAAGAAAUUGUAAUUUCUUUUAGAAUUGAUCAUUUUUUGUACCAUCGGAAAACAGUUGUGUAAAUUAAGUAGCUAGUCAAAAGUAGCUCACACCAUUCUUUUUUAAACAAAAUUAUUUACUUUUCUGUGCAUACAUAUAACAUGUUGAAAUAUUUAAUUAAAGUCCUGGUAAAUAAGUUUGUUUGUGGUAAGAAGUGCCAUUCCAUGAUGCAUUUAGGGUAGGGAGGAUAUAAAUAACUCAAGUAAAAAAGCUUAGAAGUAGUGAUAACAAUAAAAUUCAAACUUGUA